AUGGCGACCAACAACAUCCUCAAGAACGUCUAUGGCCCAGGCACUUUUACCGACGCCUUUUUCACUCCUCUACCCGCUGAAUGCCAUCGUUUGCUAAAGUUCUUCGCGAGAGUUACGCCUGGCUUCACCAACAACGCUUCACUUUUAGACAGCGUUGAGUUCCAUGGUGGAGACCUUCCCAUUAUACCGGGUCCGCUCAAAUCUCAAGCCCUGUCAGCUGUCUGCCAGGCCAUGAUCGGCAUCGUUGGGAAAGAAAUCUGUCUCUUGAAGGACUUCGAGGCUGGAAAUGUCAUUAUCGACGUUGAUAAGUCGGGGCUCUACCCGGCUACACCAGGGCUUGUGUUCAUUGAUGGUAAGAAUCUAAAAGAAAUCCAGCAGCAAGGUAUACUAUUGAAAGCUGGAGCGGAUUUGGACAAGGGCAUCUUUCAUAAGAACGCAAUGCAUUAUCGUUCUUGGUCUCUAUAUCCAACACGUGAUCCCCACGUCUGGUAUCAGAUUCUGAGCAGCUUAAAUCCACCUGCAUUCCUUAGGGCGUACGGGCUGGACCCAGAUGCAGCAGUCUCUUCUAACAAUGAGGCUUACGAACUCAUCAAAUCAGAGAUGGUGAAAUACUCGGCUGCUGAACUUGAUCAAAAAAACAUGGAGUAUGGUUUCUGUGGACAGACAUGCUACACACCGGAACAGUGGAAGAACACGACCAUGGGCAAGAGUCUUGCUGCGCAUCCCAUGAUUAACUAUCGACAAGUGGUUUCAACAUCAGACUUGCCACCAGUUCCAUUUCCAAAGUCAGAGGACAAACGUCCUUUAGCCGGAAUCAAGGUCAUAGAGCUUUCCAGAGUCAUUGCCGGGCCAGCAUUAGGAACAGCUUUAGCUUCUCUCGGUGCAGAUGUGAUUAAGGUCCAAAGUCCAAAUCUGCCAGACUUACAGGCUUUAAGUGUAACUCUAACUGCUGGAAAGCGUAAUCUUGCUCUUGACAUCUCGGUUGAAGAAGAUAAGAAGAAGUUACAAGAUCUUAUACAGGAUGCCGACGUUAUUAUCCAAGCUUUUCGCCUGCGUUCUUUGGAACGUAAGGGAUUUGGCCUGAAUGAAGUCCUUCAGAUGGCCAACAAACGUGGUAAGGGAGUUGUUUAUCUUGACUUAAACUGCUACGGCCCGGAUGGCUACUAUUCUGAGCGACCUGGCUUCCAACAUAUCGCCGAUGCUGCAUCCGGCUGUUCUUAUGUCUGCGGAAAAGCUUAUGGAUUUGAAGAGGGAGUUAGUGUACUCCCCCCUCUACCUGUCGCCGACAUGCUUUGCGGUGCUGUUGGAGUUAUCGACAUACUGUUAGCACUCCGUGACCGCGCAAAGCAUGGAGGGUCUUACCAUGCUACCGUUGCGCUUACGGCUAUAGAUACAGCACAGUUGGACGAAGAGGUUGGGCUAUAUCAUCCAGAGAUUGUCAAUAAGAUCCAAGAAAAAUACCAGUUUCAACCCAUGACGCCUGAGCUCCAUGUGGAAGAGUUGCUGCUCAUCUUAAUGGCCUCUUGGAAGCAACAUUCGGAUAUAUUGAGAAGAGAUGGAUAUAUGGUAACCUUUUCAGAGACACCAUGGGGAAAUACCCAUACUAUUCUCUCUCCUAUUAUUCAAUAUGAGAAUAGUUCUGCGAAUCCACGCUGGACGCAUGGUCCAGUCCCUUAUUGCGCUAGUACUGAUGUUAAGUGGAAAUAA